GGGGAGGUACUGAAGAAAUCGUCUGACACUGAAACAUUAAAAAAAAGAUCUCUCAGGCCUUGCAAAGGAGUCUUGAUUCACGCAGGGAGAAUUGCUUUGACUUUGUUCAUCCUAUUCAACGAGGAACUGCCCAAGAAGUGGAGGAAUAGAGCUUAGCCAUCUGGAUUUAAGUAGCUGAAAGCCAUGUCUCUUCCCCGACAGCUGCGAGAAAAGAGUGAUUUUGACCAGCUUCCAGAUGAUGUGCCUAUUUCAGCUAACAUUGCCGAUAUUGAAGAGAAGAAAGGCUUUACUAAUUAUUAUAUGUUUGUCAUUGAAGUAAAGCUUAAAGGUGGUGGCAGAUACCUGAUUUUCCGACGCUAUCGUCAGUUCUAUGCCCUGCACACCAAACUAGAGGAGAGAUAUGGGCCAGAGAGCAAAAAUAGCCCUUUUACCUGCACACUCCCCAUAUUGCCAGGAAAAGUUUAUGUUGGGGCCAAAAAGGAAAUUGCUGAGAACAGGAUUCCUAUCCUAAAUGUCUACAUGAAGAACCUACUCUGCCUACCCGCUUGGGUGUUGAUGGAUGAAGAGGUACGGCUGUUCUUCUACCACUCAACCUUUGAUUGUGAACAGGUGCCUCACAGACUGAGGCGACUUCGCCCACGAACACGCCGAGUUAAAAGCAUUUCACCUCAAGUGCCUAUUUUUGACCGUAUGGCAGCUCCACGGGCUGAGGCACUGUUUGAUUUUUCUGGAACCAAUAAACUGGAACUCAGCUUCAAGAAGGGAGACUUGAUCUAUCUACUCAGCAGAGUAAACAAAGACUGGUUGGAGGGAACAGUUAAUGAUGCCACUGGGAUUUUCCCAUGUACUUUUGUGAAGAUCAUAAAAGAUUUACCGCAGCAGGAAGACACAGUUAAUAAAGUUCGUUGUUAUUACCAUGAUGAGACAGUGAGCACUAUCAGGGAUAUCUCAGUGGAAGAGGAUCUCAGCAGCAUUCCAUCAUUCAGAGAUCUCAUGGAAUUGAUGAGGCGGGAGUUUGACCAAGAUGACAUUGUUUUGAAUUACCGGGACCUUGAUGGUGAUCUGAUUCGAUUGCUGUCUGAUCAGGAUGUUGAACUCAUGGUGUUUCAGAGCAGGAAGAAGCCCUCUGAGAAGAAUUUCUUCCCCUGGAAGCUGCACAUCACUCACAAAGAUGACUUGGGUGUCUACAGCACUACACCAGGAAUAGGAGCUACUCAAACAUUAAGAGCAACAUAAGUGCUAUAUAGAGAUGUUCCAGUAGGUAGCUAUACAGUCCUGCAAUCCCUCUCUGCAGACAGUUUCUUUUAACAAGCCUUUGAAGUGAACUUGAAAAGAGUAAUUUUUAGUAAUAUAUUACCUUUCAAUGUAAAAUCUGUACUUACUUGGCUUCUUCAGCUUUUUAGCACUCUAUUUUUGUAACAGAGACAUCUUCACAGAGACCAGAGAAAGCGAGAAAUAGAGAAAUAAAAUCAUUGGCCAUAUUCACAAAGCAAGUCAGCAUUAGCCUGCAAUAGAGAUUUAGUGUCCUGAGCCCCAAGACGUGUUCUAAUCUCCGUUCUCACUCCCAGAGGUAAUUAUUUGUGCAGAAUGCCUUCAUAAGCUUUUUUUCUA